AUGGCCGAACCUCCAAUUCUAUCCUCUCCAAAACCCGGAGAAGUUCUUAUUAUGUACUUAGCAAUUUCUAGCAUAGCGACAAGUGCAACGUUGAUUAGAGAAGAAGGAAAGAAUCAACAUCCAGUCUUUUACACAAGUAAGACAAUGACAGAUGCGGAGACAUGGUAUAGCAAAGCGGAGAAAAUCAUCUUAGCCUUGGUUUAUGCCAAGAAGAAGCUUCGGCAUUAUUUUGAAUCUCAUAGCAUUGUGGUACUCACCAACUAUCCUAUAUGGGGUAUACUCUCUAAGCCAGAUCUAUCUGGAAGAAUUACCAAAUGGGCUAUCGAGCUCAGAGUUGGGGUUGUCAUAUCAACACCCGAAGGCACCAAGUUGCAGCAGUCCAUUUGCUUGAAUUUCCCUACUACAAACAAUGAGGCUGAAUAUGAGGCGUUACUUGCUGGUCUUCGAUUGGCCAGCAGCCUUCAGUUACCUCAUGUUGAGAAUGCUGAAGCAGAUCAAUUGGCCACAGCAGCGUCAUCCUCAAAUGAAGAUCUAACUCGGAUUAUGCCAAUUGACGUCCUGGAUGAACCCAGCAUCAACCCUCAGCAAGAAGUAAUGGUGAUUCCAGUCAUUCCGCGAGAACCAUGUUGGAUUGAUCCAUUGGAAGCCUACCUCAAGCAUGGGACUCUUCCAAACCAAAAAACUGAGGCGCGGAAGCUCAGACUCACCGCAGCUAAAUAUGCCAUCAUCAACAACCAGUUAUAUCGGAAGUCAUUUUUAGGUCCUAACCUGAAAUGUUUAAGCCCUACUGAGGCUCUUGUGGUGUUGAAACAGAUUCAUGAUGGAGAUUGCGGUAACCACUCUGGAGGCAGAUCCCUUACACAUAAGGUUCUAACUCAAGGCUACUUCUGGCUGUACUUGGCUCGGAAUGCUGAAGAGUAUGCUGGGAGAUGUGAUAAGUGUCAGCGCCACGGUCCAAUGAAGCAUCAACCUGCCGAAGAUUUGCAUGCAAUGGCAAAUCCAUGGCCGUUCGCACAAUGGGGGAUUGAUAUGGUGGGCCCUUUACCCAAGACCGUGGAACAAAAGGAAUACGUGCUGCUAGCUACAGACUAUUUCACGAAAUGGGUGGAAAUCGAGGCUUACUCAAGUGUGACCCAUGAGCAGGUAAAGAAUUUCCUUUGGAACAACAUCAUCUGCUAG